AAAAAAGGAACAGACUGUUAUGCUAGAGAGAGAAGCGAAGGAUAUUCUUUAGAGAAAGAGAGAGAGAGAGGUCGCCGAGAGAUGGCGCUUUACAUCGAUGAGGUGGAGGUCUGGAAAUGUCCAAAACACCCUUCGAAGAAACGCCGUACAGGUAUCUGUCACGUAUGCCUCCGUGAGCGACUCUCAUCCCUCUGCCCGGACUGUGCUAACGUGCGCCCAUGUGGUUGUUCCGCCGCCACCACGUCUUCCACCAGCUCUUCUUCUUCCUCAUCUCACUUCUCAUCCACCGCAGGAAUCGGAACUGUCGGCCGAGUGUCAAGUCUGAUAGAGAGUGAGCCUUCCUUUCGCCGUUCGAGGUCACUCGCAAUUCCAUUUCUACGGUCAAAGCCGCCGGUUGACCAUGAUUGCUCUGUCCGCAAAGAUAAUAGAAAAACGGCUUCGCCGUUUUGGUCGCUGUUCAAGAGUAGUAGUAGUAGCGGUAACACGAGUAACAGAGGCGAUAUAGAGCGAAACAACGCUGUUUUAUUAGAACAGGAAGAUUCAAACAAGAAGAAGAAUGAGGAGGAAAGAAAGAAGAUGAUGCGAAAAUCGAGGUCAGUGGCGGCAACUGUGACGGCAGAAUCCCGUAGUGUUGACGUAAAAUCAUCAAAAGGGAAGGGCUGGUACUUCCCGAGUCCGAUCAAGGCUUUCAAGCAAUCUACCUCAAGGGGAAUAAUGGUACAAGAAAGGUCGCCUUUGUACAGAGGUUGAUUUUUUCAAAUUUCCGCUUCAAAUUUUUUCAACUAAUUUAAUUAUUACUACUUUUCCUGAGAUUUAGAUAUGCAAUUGAAAUUGAAUGAAUUUUAUGAUGAUUAAUUUUGUUGAUGAAAUGAAAAUUUAAUGAUUGGGAUAGGGAAGAAGGGGGUAGUCUGAGUGUGUACUAAGUGCUUCAUAAUUCAUGAUGGAUGGAAGAGCUAUCCAUUUGGAUUUUGGACCCACUUCCUCUAUAAGUGUGGCUUUGAAGAUAAAAUUCAUCAACUGUGACUUGUACCUCCAACAACAGAAUAACACUUUGUUCUCUUCUGUAUC